CCGUGCCUGAUUACGCCUACCGGAACCGACGCGAAGCCUCUGAAUCAUCAUCGGCAGCAACUUCCUCUUGGCUCACGACGCCCUAGUCCGCUGCGCUAGUACCCACCAAGUACUAGUACGCAGUCCAGCCUUCCGACUGCUCGAACCGGCGCGAGCGUUAUAUUGGCGUAACCUUCCGUGUACAUAUCUCUGUCCUCGGACGAAACUUCGCUUCGAUUCCGCCGUCUUCGCAGGCGCCUCAUGCUGUCCGUGAUGUCGAGGCUUCGCGAAGUCGACGAUGCCAUGGCGAUCUUGAUGUUAUUAACGCUGAAGUCCAUGGUAGUCAUUGAUGCCUCAUUGCUCUACUGCUAGUGACGAGUGUAUGACGGAGCUGGCAAGAAGCCUCUCAGAAUGGAUGCAAUAUGGAUUGUCAGAGGUCGUGAAAUGUUCGGCGGCCAAGUGACUGUGGCAUUUGAGUGGACGUCAAGAUGAUCCGAGCCGGGAGCAUGCAGAAGCGGUCGUUCUACUCGGUCGUGCACAAGUACCUCGAGGCCAACAAGCGCUACGGCUGGAAGGAGUGCUUGUGGAAGCUGUACAACCCCGGUGACAUCAAGUUUGGCAAGGAGGUUGGCGAAGACCAGUUUGGCAACAAGUACUACGAGGACACGACCGAGCUCCAUGGCCAGCAGCGCUGGACCGAGUACAAGGUCAAGACGCACGACGAGUUUGGCGGCGACCAGAUCCCGCCCGAGUGGCACAUCUGGAUGCACUCGCUCUCGGACGCCAAGCCCGGCGAGGCCGGCCAGAACCCGGAGAACUGGUCCAACGUGCCCAUCUCGACCGUCUCAAACGCGCCGUACACGAGCCACGUCGGCCCCACGACGCCGUUCACGGACAACCAGACGACGUACCGCAGCCGCGGCUACGGCAUCGACAACUACAAGUGGCUCAAGGCCAACGAGCCGGAGCGUUACUACAUGCAGCCCAACCACCCGCUUCGGUCGCGCAAGCGCCCCGCGACUAUCUACGACGAAAUCGACUACAACAACCCGGACGCGGCGCCCGAGCACUCGUCCGAGCCGUUGAUGAAGUUGGACAAGAACUAAGCGCGCGGCCCAACGGCGAAUCCUCCGUCGCCUAAUCCAGUCGAAUCGUUGUCUACCU